AUGCCAUUCGAUCUUGAUGCUGGUGAUGAAAGUAAUGAAAAUAAUGUCGUAACUGCUGAUUAUGAUGCUGAUUAUGCUUGUCUGAGUGAUCAAUCUUUCGAUGCAGAAACUGGCGAAGAAAAAUUAAUUUUACGUGGAGUUAAAUAUUGUGAAGAAUUAAAUAUACCAAAUCAUCGUAUUCAUUGCUGUUAUACAGAUAAUUGUAACAAACAAUUACCAAAAAUGAUAACUCUAUCAUUAGCAGAUAUUAUGCCAAUGGAAACAAAACUGGCAUCAAAUAAUCAACGUCAUAUAUCAUCGAUAAUACUCAUUAUUUUAAACAUGUUUUUUUCAAUAUUUUUAUUAAAUUAA